GUGGAAAGAAAGAAACAAGAAGAAAAACGUAAAUUAAGUGAAUUAAUAAAAAUUCUACUCCAAAAAUUCUGAUUUUUCGAAUGAAAAAUACAAACUAUAUGAAUAAAAUGCAAAUUUAACAAAUAAAACAAAAAGCAGCAUUUGCAGCAAUUAACAACAGCAACAACAAAUAAUUAUACACAACAAUUCGACAACAAGAAAACUGCAACAGCAGAAGCAAGCAGUCAGCAAAGACAGCAGUUGUACGAAAAAGAAAAACACACAUACAAUGGGACUUGACUUCGAUGCGUUGGAAUAUUGCAAAAGUGUGAAAGUAAAACAAUCACAACCGCCAUACGCGUGUCCCGUGCCCAAAUGUGAUCGUAGCUAUAAAUCGGUGAUUGGUUUGCAAUACCAUUUGCUAAACUAUGAUCAUGACAAUCCACAGCCGUUAACACCGGUUAUGACGCCAAACCGUAAGAAAGCGCGUCCGCGUGGUGGUACCCACUCAACGCCAAAAGGUGGCGCUGGAGCUGGCGGAACAGGUGUAGGUGGUGAUGAUGAACAGAACGGCACUAAAGGCAGUGGCAACAUCCGUAACAUAACAAAUCCUGAAUCCUUAGUGUCCUACAAUGAUGAAGAGCAAACGGUAACGUUUAAUGUGGAAGGAAAAAGUGUACGUUUAGGUAUAAAUGAUCCUUUACCGUUUAUUGAUGAGGAGGAGUAUGUUGAAUUAGUGGAAAGGGGUUGCAUUAUAAAUGCAGACGCUCCGCCACUUGAAGAGAAUGCAUCUUGGGCAAAAGUUAAAGUGCCGGAGGCUCGGUUUCAAGAAAUUCCCGAUUACAGUGUACCAGAUGCACCAACCAGAUCUUUAGCCUACUACCGCUUUAUAGAAAAGUCGGCCGAAGAGCUGGACGGUGAAAUAGAAUACGAUGUCGAUGAAGAGGAUUCGGCUUGGUUGGAGUGGAUGAACGAGGAACGUGAAAAAAACGGUCACAAUGCUGUGAAUAUAGAUACAAUGGAACUGUUAAUGGACCGCUUAGAAAAGGAAUCCUACUUUCAAGCAGCAGCUAAUGGAACAGCCACGGGCAAUGAAGUCGACGACGAUGCCGUAUGUUGUAUCUGUAUGGAUGGUGAAUGUCAAAAUACAAAUGUUAUUCUAUUUUGUGAUAUGUGUAAUUUGGCUGUUCAUCAAGAUUGUUAUGGUGUUCCCUACAUUCCCGAAGGACAAUGGCUGUGUCGCCGUUGCCUACAGUCCCCCAGUACACCGGUUAAUUGUGUGCUUUGCCCAAAUACGGGGGGCGCCUUCAAACAAACAGAUCGUGGGCAGUGGGCUCAUGUAGUAUGUGCCCUGUGGAUUCCUGAAGUUCGUUUUGCAAAUACGGUAUUUUUGGAACCAAUUGAUUCUAUUGAAACCAUACCACCAGCACGUUGGCGUUUAACGUGUUACGUUUGUAAGGAGAAAGGUUUGGGCGCAUGUAUUCAAUGUCACCGCAACAGUUGUUACGCGGCUUUUCAUGUAACCUGUGCUCAGCAGGCUGGCCUUUACAUGACCAUGGAUGUGAACGAAAGUGCUGCUCAUAAUGACUCCUCUGCACAUGUUCAAAAGUAUGCAUUCUGUCAUGCACAUACACCCGAUCACGCCAAGACGAAAUUGAAUUUGAAAGAUUUCGAGGAUGCACGUCAUAAAAUGAAAGAAGCUCGCAAGGCGUUGGCGAAAAAACGUUCAUCGGCCCCGAUAGUUCUUAUACCCACUAUACCGCCCGACCGCAUACAAGAAAUAGCAAGUAUGGUACACAUGCAAAAGAAAAAAGAAUUUCUAGACAGACUUGUUGCCUACUGGACGAUGAAACGUAAAUAUCGGAAUGGUGUGCCUCUCUUGCGGCGAUUGCAAUCACAAGGCAAUCACCAUGGCGUUAUACAGCGCAAUGGUAUAGAGGGCAGUCCCGACACUUCAGAGUUAUACCGUCAGUUGAAAUAUUGGCAAUGCUUGCGCCAAGAUCUGGAGAGAGCUCGUUUACUGUGUGAGUUGGUUAGGAAAAGAGAGAAACUUAAAGCGGCUUAUGUGAAAAUUUGUGAACAAGUAGUCAUGUUGCAAGUCAAUCCACUGGAGGCAGUUCUUACCAAACUUUUAGAUGCUUUAGAGGCUCGAGAUACUUCGGAAAUAUUCCGCGAACCUGUAAAUACAAGCGAAGUUCCCGAUUAUCUAGACAUCGUUACUCAACCAAUGGAUUUGGGUACAAUGAGAGCAAAACUUAAAACCUACACACACCUCGAUCAAUUGCAGACCGAUUUCGAUCUAAUGAUACAGAACUGUUUGGCCUACAACAACAAGGAUACGGUUUUCUAUCGUGCUGGUAUACGUAUGCGAGAUCAAGCCAAUCCAUUGUUUCAACAGGCCCGAGAGGCUUUGGCUCGUGAAGGUCUGUUGGACACAAGCCAGUCAGACUCGACGGAUCAUGUUGAAAAAGAAGUUGAAGAUGAAUUACAUCAACUUUUGGCAGCAACACCAUGUGAGGCUAUUGUACAAAAACUCCUAAUACUGGCAGAUAAAUCUCAGGUUUUAAAGAAUCCAACGUAUCGCACAAAGAAAAUCAAGCAAAUACGUUUGGAGAUCUCGCGCAUGCGUAAAGCGAUACAAAAAGCAAGAAUGCAAGCUCGUCACAAUGUCAGCUUGGGCGCCAACUCUCAAACAGAAGAGGAUGAAGAAAUGGAAGAGAAUCACAAUGUUGAAGAUAUGGAUGUUGAUAUACCAACGCCACCAGUUAAAUCUCAUGCCAUCAGCCUUCUGCAACAGCAAGAAAAAUUUGUACAAUCAACACCAAAACGCAGUCGAAAAACCGCUCGAAAUCCCCCACGUUCUAGACAACAGCAUCAUCCUACGCGUCAGAAUAAUCAUAAUCUUAGUGAAGAUGAUGACGACGACAGUCUUCACAACCAAGCAAACGGUAGUGAGGAUGAAGAAGAUGCCGAUGAUACAAUGGGCGAAGAGUCGAAAGGCGCUAGUAAUAAUACAACACAAACACCACCUUGCAGUCCAGUUAAAAGCCUUAAUAGCAGCGCUUCCCCUGUGGGCGUCAAUAGAAGAACUGCGGUGCUGUUUACACGUAAAGCGCAGGCCGCACUUAAACGACCUACAGAGACGACUACCACCAGCACAACAACUCCUGUUAAGGAAGAAAUUCAUAACUCUGCCAUAUCAACGCCAGUCUCGACAAUGGGUUCCCUUAUAACAUCCGCUAACAAUGCUGCUACAUCUGUGGUAGCAACAGCUUCCCUUGUCUCCUCAGCCUUAUCGUUAAGCAAUAAACUAAGUGGUGGCCUUAAUCAACUGACGCCGCUGUCGGCCAGCAUUAAUCAGGUUUCUGCAACCCUGUCAGGUAAAUCACCGAAACGUAAUGCCCGACAUAAAAGAUUAACCGAAAUGCGCAACAGUUCAUCAACGUCGCCGAAAAAGUCACCCAAUCGAACUGGUGCGCCACCUGUGGGUGUUACUAGUCUAUUAGGAUCGACGACAGCAACAUCAACAUCAAUAACACCAUCGUCAAUUUUAGGGGCCGCCCAACAACCACCAUCACUACAGCCAGCAUCAGCGCCACCCGCAAUGACGCCAGCAUCUAAUUUAAGUAGCUACCAACAUAUUCCCGAUAAAUUUCGAGUUUAUCGCACCAACAAUGAGCGCGAUGUCAGCGAGAGUGAUGAUGAUGACAUGAGUGACAUCUCCGGCAGUCCCUGUAGCAGUUGUUCUGGUUUUAGUGUAAGUGGCAGCGGUUCAGAUUACGAUUCGAGUGAAGACGACGAUGAUGAGGAUGAUGACGAUGAAGACGAUGAAAAGAGUGAGCCAGAGGUGGACGAAAAUAAUACCAGAGAUCGGCCAGAUAUAGAAAUGAAUGAUAGUACUACAAUAGGAGCAGAUGAUCAAGCCAACAAUGGUCAAGCCAUGAGUUGUAGUGGUGAUAGUGAUGUAGGUAACGUUGAUGCGGAUUCCGAUACACAAACACGAAGCAUUACACGACGAACGCCAACACCCUUAGAUAAACGAGUACGUAAUACAAUACGUUCGAAACAAAAGCGACGGUUGGGAUCAGACCUACACAAUAUGGGCUUAUCGCUAAUACCCGCUGCUCACAAUCUUACUCCUGCUGCUGCGGCUGCUAAGACGGCAACACGUUCGUCCAUUAAACAACGAAACGCUACGCCCACACCAAAUAAUGUAAAUAAUACUAAAACGCGUAGAAGUCAUAACAACAUUGCAUCAGCGGAGGCAACAGCCGUUUCAUCAAAUAACAAUGGCAAAGCGAAAAUGAACAACAGUAACAAUGACUCUCCCGACUCAAAUAGUACGACACAGCAUUUGUUAAAACCUCCCCUUGAGCCGUUACAGCUGGUCUGGGCAAAAUGUCGCGGUUAUCCUUGGUAUCCAGCCUUGAUAUUGGAUCCAAAAACCCCAAAGGGGUUUGUUUAUAAUGGCGUGCCAUUACCUGCACCUCCUACCGAUGUUUUAGCUUUGCGCAAAAACUAUCCCCACGAUAUGGAGGUGUUCUUAGUUUUAUUUUUCGAUGCCAAACGCACUUGGCAAUGGUUACCCGCCAUCAAACUCGAGAUAUUGGGCAUAGACAAAGAAUUGGAUCAACAAAAACUUGUUGAAUCCCGUAAGCCCACAGAACGCAAAGCUGUUAAGAAAGCAUACCAACAUGCUUUGCAUUAUCAAAGUCAAGUUUCCGAUCUCGAAGGCCAAGGACCGGAUCCGAUUAUGUGAAAGUUAAAUUGUUUAAAAAUGGUGGCAGAAACGGAAUGAACAGCUCCCUACACUCUCUCACACACACACACAUAUAAAUACACAAAUGCCUCAUUUUUUCUCUAUCUUACCGCUGUGCUCUUUUUUAUUAAUUAUUAUUGAUUUAAUAUAAAUAUACUGUAAACAUACAUACAUAAAAAAUAGAUACACAUACAUAUAAAUAUGAUAUACAUAGUUGAUGUAAUUUUCCCAUUUAUUUUUAUAUUUUUUAUUUUGUUUUAAAAUCUUUAUCUUUAAUUCUACUCUACUACUAUUAUACUUAGUUAUUUUCUCUUAGAAUUAAAACAAUCAUAAGAAAAAAAACUCAUUUAGUUUUUUUU